AUGGCAGCUACAUUUGUGGAAGGUUGGGACUUUGUGCAAACAUUAGGAGAAGGUGCCUAUGGAGAGGUUCGAUUGCUGAUCAAUAAAGAUUCUGGUGAAGCUGUAGCAGUCAAAAUCAUCAACCCCAAUCGAAAUUUAUCUUCAGCACAGCUUGUACGGAAAGAGGUUUGUAUUCAUCGAAUGAUGAAUCAUACCAAUAUUAUAAAAUUCUAUGGAUGUCGAGCUGAUGCUGGUAUUCAGUACUUGUUCUUAGAGUAUGCAGAAGGUGGUGAAUUAUACGAUCGUAUUGAACCUGACAUUGGUAUUCCCGAAUGUCAAGCCCAUCAUUAUUUUACGCAACUUAUUGUUGGCGUGGAAUACCUACACCAGAUGGGUGUUGCUCAUAGGGAUUUGAAACCGGAAAAUAUCUUGCUAGAUAGUCGCGAUAAUUUAAAAAUCUCCGAUUUUGGUUUGGCUACAUUAUUUCGAAAUCGUGGGCAGGAGAGAAAAUUAUUUAAACGAUGUGGUACGGUGCCUUAUAUAGCACCUGAGGUUAGAAAUUGCAAUGAAUAUGAAGCUCAGCCUGCAGAUUUAUGGUCGUGUGGUAUUAUUUUAGUUGCAUUAUUGGCUGGAGAAUUACCAUGGGAUGAGCCGAGAGACCAUUGCUUAGAUUAUGGAUUAUGGAAAAAAGGAAGUUAUUCUCAAGCUCCUUGGAAGAAAAUUAUGAAUAUACCACUAGAGCUUUUAAAGAAAAUACUACAGGAGAAUGUAAGCAAAAGAUAUACUAUAGGACAAAUAAAGAAAGAUCCAUGGUUUAGGAGCAAUUAUUCUAAUAGCAUAAAAUCGCCGUUGCAUUCUGGUCAUCGUGUUAAGAGAAUGCGUACUAGUGACGAUAUCGUUGGCGCAAGUUCGAGUCCACAUUUAACAUCUUUAUCUCAACCUGAUCCUCAAAAUACGGACUGGAAUACCAGUUUUUCUGAAGAAUCUAAAACGCCAUCUUGUGCUGCAGUUCAGCAUUUGAUGAAUGGUCUGAGUUUGUCACAGCCUGCGCAGUUUGAUCAAAUGUUACUUAACGAUUUAUCGCAAACUCCGGCUGGAUCCCAGAAUCCAUUACAACGUCUGUGUAAAAGAUUAACGCGAAUCACAACUAAUUGUGAUAUGGAGUGCACAAUUAGCAACUUAAUAGAAAAUAUUAAUUUGCUGAAUUAUCAAGUGAAACGAAUUGAUACUUUACAAGUGACAGUCUCUACAACGGAUCGCCGUGGCAAUCGGUUAAAAUUUAAAAUUAUCGUUAUGACAUAUUCCUUUGAAAAGACAGUUAUUGAUUUUCGCUUAGCAAAGGGUGAUGGACUCGAAUUUAAGCGCUGUUUUAGAAGAAUUCGUGAUAAACUUGGUGACAUAGUAAUAAAAAAUACAUGUCCAGAAAAACGUUAA